AUGACCCAGCGACCUCAAAGCAGAGAACUUUACAUCUCGAUUCCAAGUCGUAGCUACACAGAACCACAUAUAAACUCUACCUCCACCAGGCAGCGUGAUGAGGAACUUGUAGGGAGGGGGGAUGCUAUCUCUCCAACGAGGGCGUCCAUUGUUCGGAUGUUGGCUUUACUGUGCGCAUGUUCUCUCAGCGUCGGUAGUCACUACGCGUCAUAUACACUAGGGCCACUGAAAUCUCGACUUGCGCGAGAGAUUAACACAUCCAACACGGAAUUUAGUCUGUUGAUUUCUGCAUUCAGUUUAAACAGUACAUGGACACCUCUAGUCGGGGGCCUGAUGGCGAGUAAACUUGGUACAACGCUCACUAGUAUCAUUGCUACUGGUGUCAUAUUUAUUGGCCAGGUUUUACUACUGGUUGGCGACAUAAAAGGAGACGUUCGGUUGAUGGUAUUUGGAUUGUUCGUGUUCGGAUUUGGAGUUAGUCCUCUUGCUGUUGUGCAGGAGUCCAUUAUCGUGCGAUUCUUUAAAUCACACGGGCUCGGUGUCUCAAUGGCACUGGGUCUUGUAGCCGGCAAAUUGGCGUCAUUUAUUUCAGCGCGAACUUCCCUCCCUCUUGCGGAGCGUUUUGGGCGCCACGCACCGUUCUACGCGUCCACAUUCCUAGCUGCUCUUUCCCUUCUCAUCAACCUGGUCUACAUGGCAUCCUCGAAGUGGCUUAUACGGGGUUCCGGCACCGUCUUACUAGAGGCUUCCGAGAUACGAAGUGAGGCGAGGCGCCGCUCCCUGUACGAUCUCUCCGAGGCGCAGGCACUGGAAAAAGUUGCAAAAAAACGCCACAUCAGGUUCAAAGAUAUUCCAAAGCUUGGAGAUAUCUUCUGGGCUUAUAUAGGGCUAAACAUCCUCUGUGGCACUAUAUGGGCCCCUUUCACCCAUUUGGCAGCCAACAUUUUUGAAAAGAGAUAUGGAUUGACGGAGCACACUGCCAGUACACAAGCUUCCUACCUUCUGGUUGGGAGCAUACUCUUGUAUCCCGUCACCGGAUUCAUGGUAGAUCGGAUGAAGCACCCGCAAGCUGUACUUCGCAUGUUCACGCUGUCAUCUGUAUUGACGUUGUUUGGAUAUGCAUGGCUUGUUCUUCCACCAGCGUGGACGGGAACACCUUCCCCUGCAGUUGCCGCCUUCGCGAUUGGCAUUGGCUUCUCCCCUUUACUCCUUGUGGUCUUGGUCCCUCAGCUGGUCCCGUUCAAGUUUGUAUCAACUACUCUCGGUGUGCACAAAAGCAUGGAACAAACAGGCGCAACAAUUUUCCAAACCAUAGCUGGCCUUGUUUUGGACGGUGAUCAACGAGUCAAAAAAGGCGGCCAGUGCACAACUCAGCAGUUGUUGAACGUGUUUUUCGCUUUCAAUGUUUUGCAACUACUGGGCAUCAUCGGUCUAUCGCAUCUUGAUAGUCGGCGGAGGCAGGCAGCAGAGACUAUUGAGAACACAGUCGGGGAUGAAGAAGAUGCCGAACGUGAAUCAGAAGAGUCAACCUUCACCGGGGGCGAAGGAGAUAUCCUGGCUUCAGAAAUCGGACCGUUGUGUUCUCAAGAUCCAAGAAAGCCUCUACUUGGUCGCCGGCACAGAGCAGAUUCUGGGGCCAGUUGUUUCCCCUCUUCUUGUCCUCCUCAAGGGGUUUAUCGACACUCUGAGAUAAGGAGGGGUCGUAUUUUUGUGUGUCUUUGCGCCGUGAUUAUUGGCAGCGCUUGGAUACUGUUUUUGAGCACUGCGUGGCUGAGGCUCCGGUCGGGACAAGAAAGAGAUUUAUAA